AUGUCUAAUGUCACCAGGAAUGACAGCAGGGUGCACCCUAAAGAGCUCUUUACCCGGGACGCCUAUGAUUUUUUGGCUCUAAUUCUAGCUACUCUUGGUGUUUGGGGAUUGUGGAAUAACCUGCUGAUUUUAAUUCUAUACUUUAAGUUUAGAACUUUAAGGACUCCUACAAAUCUUUUGCUGGUGCACGUCAACUUCAGCGACCUAUUAUUAUGCAUUUUUGGAUUCAGUUUUCACUUCGCCUCAUGUGUGAGCAGAGAGUGGAUUUGGAAUGAAGCAGGCUGUGUUUUUGUUGGAUUCUGCAAAAACGUCUUUGGUAAUGUGUCAAUUGUUACUAUUACAGUGAUUGCUUAUGGAAGGUACCUUCAAGUGGCAUGUAACAAAGUGAUUGACUUCCCAUGGUCAUGGCAAGCAAUAGCUUACAUAUGGAUCUAUUCACUAGCCUGGAGUUCAGCACCACUACUUGGAUGGAACAGAUAUACUCUGGAACUCCAUGGCCUAGACUGCUCUUUAGAUCAGACAUCUCAAUAUUCAAGCCAAGUGUAUUUUGUUCUUCUUUCCUUCCUUGCUUUUCUAGUAGCCCCAGUAAGCACUAUGGCAUAUUGCUAUGGGUACAUAUUAUACUCUAUCAGAAUGCUGCAAAGGCAACAAAAUUACCAAACCGGCCGUGUACUGAAAUUACAGUACUAUGAAAUGAAAGUGGCAACAAUGUGCACGUUGAUGAUUUUAGCAUUUCUUAUGUUUUGGACACCUUCCUAUAUAAUGUCUCUGCUGAUGCUGUGUGGUUACAAGGACAUAAUAACUCCAACCAUAGCCGUUAUAUCCUCAGUCUUGACAAAAUUAAGUACAGCUACAAAUCCUCUCAUCUACAUAUUAACAAGCAUGAAGUUCAGAAAAGGUCUUCAAAAACUCUUCUGCUUCAGGUGCUGGACAAUUCAAACAAAAGGAAGAAAGAAGCGUGUUGGAGCCAAAGUGAAAAUAUUUAAUGCUUGUAAUAGACCAAAGAGAGUGAUUUUCAGCUCAUCCUCUGUGAGCUUCAUAGAAACAACCAAUGAAACGGACACCCAGCAGUCAGUUGAGAAGACAAAAGACAUUUAUGGUACUAAUGUUAAAAUUAUUUACGUAAAACCUCUACAAGUUCCAGAUGUCCUCAAAUAAAAAAAAAAUAAUUAUUGUAUUAAUGUAUGAGCUAAUCUACAGAUAAUGCUUCUGCUUCCAUGGAAAUUAGAAGAUUUUUUGUAUUUAUUUAGUGACUUAUUAACUGGUGUUACUUGUAAAAAGGAACAAAAAUUUUAAAAAAUGUUAAGAGGUGAGAAGCGCAUAUACUCGACAUUGCGCAGAAAUUAGCAACUUAAAUUGAACCAGAGAUAAAAAUGGUUAUGACCACAAUGUUUUUUUUUCUUCAUUCAUCUGCUUUAAAAAAUAAAUUCCCAGUGUUCAGAAAGAGGGAAAAACUUAUCUUGUUCAGUAGACAUACCUAAAGUUCUGAGCAGUUAAACCUAUCAUAUAGCUUGAACGAUGUAUUAGUACAUGAGGAAAUUAAUUCAGAGUUUUGGUGCUCAGUUUUAUUGAUCACCUCAUCUACUGUGCAAUAAUAUCAAGUGCAUCCUGUAGGUAGUAAGUUUCAAUGUUUCAGUUAACACGUCUGAGUUCUUACAUGUCACCUUUAUAAAUGGGCAUUUGAGCCUCAUUAACAUAUUAAAAAGGCUUGCAUCUACAUACUGGAAAAGUACACUGCUCAAAAAAAAUAAAGGGAACACAUAAAGAUAACACAUACUAGAUCUGAAUGCAUGAACUAAUCGGAUGAAAUACUUUCAUCUUUGCAUAGUUGAAUGUGCUGACAACAAAAUCACACAAAAAUUAUCAAUGGAAAUCAAAUUUAUCAACCCAUGGAGGUCUGAAUAUGGAGUCACACUCAAAAUCAAAGUGGAAAACCACACUACAGGCUAAUCCAACUUUGAUGUAAUGUCCUUAAAACAAGUCAAAAUGAGGCUCAGUAGUGUGUGUGGCCUCCAUGUGCCGGUAUGACCUCCCUACAAUGCCUGGGCAUGCUCCUGAUGAGGUGGAGGAUGGUCUCCUGAGGGAUGUCCUCCCAGACCUAGACUAAAGCAUCUGCCAACUCCUGGACAGUCUGUGGUGAAACAUGGCAUUGGUGGAUGGAGCGAGACAUGAUGUCCCAGAUGUGCUCAAUCGGAUUCAGGUCUGGAGAGCGGGCGGGCCAGUGCAUAGCAUCAAUGCCUUCCUCUUGAAGGAACUGCUGACACACUCCAGCCACAUGAGGUCUAGCAUUGUCUCGAGGAACCAAGGGCCAACUGCACCAGCAUAUGGUCUCACUAGGGGUCUGAGGAUCUUAUCUCGGUACCUAAUGGCAGUCAGGCAACCUCUGGCCAGCAAAUGUAGGGCUGUGCGGCCUCCCAAAGAAAUGCAUCCCUGGCAGUAGAACGUUCUCCACGGCAUCUCAAGACUUUGUUGCGUCUGUCAUAUGUGCUCAGUGUGAACCUGCUUUCAUCUGUGAAGAGCACAGGGUGCCAGUGGGGAAUUUGCCAAUCUUGGUGUUCUCUGGCAAAUGCUUAACAUCCAGCAUGGUGUUGGGCUGUAAGCACAACCCCCACCUGUGGACAUCAGGCCCUCAUACCACCCUCAUGGGGUCUGUUUCUGACCGUUUGAGUGGACACAUGCACAUUUGCGGCCUGCUGGAGGUCAUUUUGCAGGGCUCUGGCAGUGCUCCUCCUUGCAAAGGCAGAGGUAGUGGUCCUGAUGCUGGGUUGUUGCCCUCCACAUCUCUUGAUGUACUGGCCUGUCUCCUGACAGCGCCUCCAUGCUCUAGUCACUACGCUGACAGACACAGAAAACCUUCUUGCCCCAGCUCGCUUUGAUGUGCCAUCUUGGAUGAGCUGCACUAUCUGAGCCAUUUGUUUGGUUUGUAGUCUCUGUCUCAUGCUACCACUAGAGUGAAAGCACUGCCAACAUUCAAAAGUGACCAAAACAUCAGCCAGGAAGCAUAGAAACUGAGAAGUGGUUACCACCUGCAGAACCACUCCUUUAUUGGAGGAGUCUUGCUAAUUGCCUAUAAUUCCCACCUGUUGUCUGUUCCAUUUACACAACAGCAUGUGAAAUUGAUUGUCAAUCAGUGUUGCUUCCUGAGUGGACAGUGUGAUUUCAUAGAAGUGUGAUUGAC